AUGAGCCCAUCCCCACCGAGAGUGACGAGGCCUGUGGACCCCCAGAAGUCUCCAGGCCUAACUUCCAGGGCCUCAACCAGACCUUCGAGGAAGCCAGAGCAAGCGGAGGCUACAGCCCACCUCCUGAGGAAGCCAUGCCCUUCGAGGUCGAGCAGCCCAGCUUGGGAGGUUUCUGGCCUACCCAGGAGCAGCCUGGGUUCCCCAUUGGGCCCCCUGCAGGCCUCGAGGCCUUCAGCCCAGCACUCAUGGAGCCCGGAACCUUCAGGGGUGAAAGACCAGGCCUGGGAGGAUACAGUCCUCCACCAGAAGAAGCUAUGCCCUUUGAGUUUGACCAGCCUACCCAGGGAGUCUGCAGCCAACCUCUCUUGCAGGUCCCAGACCUUGCUCCGGGAGGCCCAGGUGCAAGGGUCCCUGGAGCUCCUCCAGAGGAGCCCAGAGUCCUCCAGCCUGCAAAUGCUGGCUUCAGAGGAGGAUAUAGCCCUCCCCCUGAGGAGACUAUGCCAUUUGAGCUUGAUAGAGAAGCAUUUGGGGAUGACAGCCCACCUCCCGGGCUCCCCCGAGUUAUCCCACAAGUCGUCGGUGGCAGCCAGUUCACGGCAAUCGCGGUCCCGAGUGCGGUCAGCCUCGCUCCCUCCGCAAACGCGCCACCCCUCUGGGUCCCAGGCGCCAUCGGCAGCCCAGCCGGAGAAGCUAUCAGACCUGCUUCUAACUUCGCAGUCGAUAGCCCCCCGAUGGAGAUCUCCGGACCCCCGCUCGAGAUUGGCAGCGCCCCCAUUGGGGUCGACGACGCUCCCGUCAACAUGGACAGCCCCCCAAUCGCGAAUGACGGCCCGCCCAUCGAGGUCUCCGGAGCCCCAGAUAAGAGAGAGCGAGCAGAGAGACCCCCAGUUGAGGGAGAAGCAGCCGAGAUGGAAGGAGGCUCGGCUACCGCUGCUGCGGAGGAAGGAAAAGUCCCCUCUCCAGGGGACGGAUCCCCUACCGCCUCAGCCGAUCCCGAUCCCGACAUCCGGGCAGACCCUGCCGACCCAGCGGAUCCUGACACCGGAGCAGCCCCUGCAGCCUCAGCAGAUGCAGACGCCGGGGCAGACCCUGACGCCCCAGUCGAUCCGGACGCUGGGGCAGACCCUGCCACGCCAGCAGAUCCUGAUGCCGGGGCAGACCCUGCCGUUCCAGCCGCUUCCGACACCGCCCAGGGAGCCCCAGUUGAUCCAGAUGCCGGGGGAGCCCCGGUCGCCCCAGCCGAUCAAGACGCCGGGACAGGAGCCCCUGUCACCCCAGCAGAUCCAGGCACCGGGGCAGCUUCUGUCGCCCCAAAAGAUCCUGGUGCCAGGAGAGUCCCUGCUGCCCCAGCAAAACCAAUCCCCAGGGCAGUCACUGCAGCCCGUAUCCCUCCUGCCGCCAGAGCAGCCGCUGCCGCCCGGGCAGCCGCUGCCGCCCGGGCAGCCACUGCCGGCUAUGUCUCAGGGGCCAGACGCAAUCUCCAUCACCUUAGACCCCCCAGCCCCGAGAUCCAGGCUGCUGACCCGCCUACUCCGCGGCCUACUCGGGCGUCUGCCUGGCAGGUUAGGGCUGAGCGUGGCCGAGGCUGCAGCAGGUACGAGGAGGAGGCAAUCGGCGACGACGAUUCCUCCAGCGAUGAGUCCGAAGAUGGGACCUCCGGCUGCUUCCAGUGGUUGCAGCGCCGAAAUCGCCGUCGCCGAAAGCCCCGGCGCAACUUACUCCGCAACUUCCUCGUACAAGCCUUCGGAGGCUGCUUCGGUCUUUCUGAGAGUCCCCAGCCCAAAGCUGCCACGAGCCCCACCAAGGUCAAGAAGGUAUCUCUGGCGGAGAAGCGCAGACAGAUACGCAAAGAAGCCAUUGAGAUGCGCGCCCAGAAGCGCGCAGCGAAGAAACGCAGCAAGCUCAUCGACAAGCAACUUCAGGGCGAGAAGAUGGGUUACAUGUGUACACACCGCCUGCUGCUUCUAG